GCAUUUACUGCAUGAUGUCAUCAUGUAAUGACGAAAUUAUGGAAUCCAUUCCUGUUCAAUUUAAAGUGAAAUACUUUAACAAUCCACUAAAAAAGUGAACUCUGUUUUUUCUUUUGCAUGGGAAGACUAAAACUGGUUAUAUAAAAAGUCCCAGCUGGUUAAAGAACAUAACAAUAAAGGUCUGAAAGCCACUGGAUUGAGUCAAUAGUUGAAGUGUUUAAACUGAAUUGGAUUCAGACUAAUCCAAUUAUAAUCAGAGUCAUAGCAUUAUUGUCAUUCCAGCUCUAAACAGUCUCAGCUUUAUGGUCUGCAUGUUUGCACAAACGAGGAAUUUGUUUCAGUCACAGAAUCUCAACAGUGCAACAGAAUGACAGUGACACGACUGGUCACAGAUAAUACAAAUAAUAAUAUACAAAACAGCACAUUUGAGAUUUACAAAUUCCCAAUUCAGCUUUUAAAUUUGGAAAAGGAUCUUCACUCACAACUUCACAUCACAUGGUUCCAUCUUCUGGAGAAGCAGAGCCAUUACAAUACAUAGGAAGAGUGUUCAAACAAGAGUGCUAUAUGAUAAUAAUAAUACAAAACUGUUUUAUAUGGUGUUGAUUUGAUUCACUUUUUCAGUAUAACUCAUGGAGAAAUGUUCCCUGUUUUCAAAUAAAGAGCUGAUCAGAUGAACUCCUCACACCCCGCUGUAGAGAAUUAAACAGUGUUUAGCCAUCGCUCUUUCUUUCAAACAAUUAUACAGAUUCAAACCUACUUCAAUUGAGUUCACACUGGAGACAAAAAGUGUAUCAAAAAAAAGUAAUAGGAAUGUGCUCAAAUAGAAAAUGUACAUAAAAGAUGCUGUUUUGAAGUAGAUUAGUAGAACCACUGAACAUGUAUGUUUUUUCAAUCACACUUCAGUUCUCUUUGGAUCUUUUCAGCAGGCUAAAUAAAUGGUAUUCCUUCAUCAAAACUGAUUUGAGGUUUUUGUCAUUGGUGUGAAAUAUUAUUAUUAUUAUUACUAUGGGUAAAUAUCAUAUACAUAACAUCAAGUGGAAUAACACUCAAUCCUCUUUAAAAAUGAAUGUAUUUGUCAACCUUACUUUACUCUGAAAAUAAUCAUCCCCUUGGUGAAUCAUGUAAAAUUGUAAUCUAUUUAGAUGUUUGAAGCAUGUUUAGAAUUUUUCUGUCUACUGCGUGUGUGUGUAAAUAUUUCUCUAUGAAUGGAGGUUCAACUAUAUGUCAUAUGUUUAUAUUUUGUUCCCUAAAAACAAAAAACAAACUAACUAACAAAACCAAGGUUCUUCCUCAUUAGGUGACGAUCCGCGCUCUGAUUGGGCAUCCACCGUUAUUAUGUUAAUGACGGGGCGGGGUCUCGACAAGGGCGUAGGUGACGUCGACUCUCAUUCAGAAGCGAAAAACAUGGCGACAGGAUGGAGUGGGAAAGGCAGCACGCUAACUUUAUUACUCAUGUUUUGGAUUAGAUUCUGUGCGAGCCGAGCGCAGUCCUCAGGCAGCGAUAGCCUGAUCCUCGGCAUGCGGCUAGAGAGGAGCGACAAACCCGCCUCGACCUCCGACGACGGGAUCAUCCAGGUAACCGAGGAGAGCGACAUCCAGCUCCGCUUCUACGGACUCAACAUCAGCAUCGACGCCUGGGAGCGGAUCAGGUUCGUGGAGCAGAGCGAGGAGUCCAACAGCACUUGUGCUGACUUCACCAAAGACAUCUCCAUCAGGACUAACAUGAGCGUCCACAGCCGAGGCUCCUCCGGGGUCCUGGGGCUCAGAAUCAAAGCGCUUCGGAAGAGUGAGUCGCGGCGGGAUUACGCGCUCUGCGUCAGACACAGCUCCGAUGGGACGUGGCUCCUCCUCGGAGAAAACGACGGGAAGCUGCGUGUGCUGGAGGAGAAAAAGUCCAUUCUUCCCAUCUGGCUCCAGGUGAUCAUAAUAAUCUGCCUUCUAGCUCUCUCAGGGAUGUUCAGCGGCUUGAAUCUGGGUCUCAUGGCGUUGGAUCCCAUGGAGCUGCGGAUCGUCCAGCGCUCCGGUACAGAGAAAGAAAAGAAGUACGCGAGUCAAAUCGAACCGAUCCGGCGGAAAGGAAACUACUUAUUGUGCUCGCUUCUGUUGGGGAACGUGUUGGUGAACACUACGCUGACGAUCCUCCUCGACGGUCUCAUCGGCUCCGGGUUGGCCGCAGUCGUCGCGUCUACUAUCGGCAUCGUGAUCUUCGGCGAGAUCGUCCCUCAGGCGCUCUGUUCCCGCCACGGUUUGGCGGUUGGCGCGAACACCAUUCUCCUCACGAAGUUCUUCAUGCUUCUGACUUUCCCGCUUUCUUUCCCCAUCAGCAAACUGCUGGACUGCGUUCUGGGUCAGGAGAUCGGUACCGUGUACAACCGAGAGAAGCUGGUGGAGAUGCUGAAGGUGACCGCGCCGUAUAACGACCUGGUGAAGGAGGAGAUGAACAUGAUCCAAGGCGCGCUGGAGCUGAGGAGCAAGACGGUGGAGGACAUCAUGACUCCGCUGGAAGACUGCUUCAUGAUCCGCAGCGACGCGGUGCUGGACUUUAACACCAUGUCUGAGAUCAUAGAGAGCGGCUACACACGGAUCCCCGUCUACGAGGGCGAGCAGAGCAACAUCGUGGAUAUCCUCCUCGUCCAAGACCUCGCCUUCGUGGACCCGGAUGAUUGCACGACGCUGAAGACCAUCACCAGGUUCUACAAACAUCCGGUGCACUUCGUGUUUCACGACAUCAAGCUGGACUCCAUGCUGGAGGAGUUCAAGAAAGGUAAGUCCCACCUGGCGAUCGUGCAGAAGGUGAACAGCGAUGGAGAGGGAGACCCGUUCUAUGAGGUGCUGGGAUUGGUCACGCUGGAGGACGUGUUCGAGGAGAUCAUCAAAUCAGAGAUCCUGGACGAGUCGGACCUCUACACUGAUAACCGCAGCAGGAAGAAAGUGGUACCCAAUAAGAACAAGCGAGACUUCUCUGCGUUCAAACACGAGAGCGAGUGUAAAGUGUCUCCUCAGCUGCUGCUGGCCGCUCACCGCUUCCUCUCGUCAGAGGUGAAUGUGUUCAGUCCAUCUCACAUCUCUGAGAAAGUGCUUCUGCGUAUUCUUAAACACCCUGACGUGAUCCAGGAGAUCAAAUUCAGCGAGAACGACAAGAAAUCAGCGCAUCACUUCCUGUACCUGCGCGGUAAAGCCGUGGACUACUUCAUCCUCAUCCUGCAGGGCCGUGUGGAGGUGGAGGCUGGGAGCGACAACAUGAAGUUUGAGACGGGGCCCUUCUCUUUCUAUGGAGCCAUGGCCCUCGGCGCUCCGACACCAGAGUUGCGCUCUCCUCUCAUCGCUGGACUGAACCGCUCGGUCAGCUACACCGAUCACCCAGAGCCUCAGUCCAUCAGCAGCACACAGACACAGUACACACCAGACUUCAACGUCCGAGCUCUGGCCGACCUGCAGUUCGUCAAGAUCUCACGCUCUCAGUAUCAGCUCGCUCUGAUGGCGUCUCGGCUGGACAGUUCCUCACAGUCUCUGGACGCUGGACACGGCCGUCUGGACAUCAGCACCGCAUCCGCUCUGCCUCCGUCUUCUGGAAACAGGGACGAGAUGACCUCGCUCCUCAACGCACAGAACAGUCAAACACAGCACACAUAGAGACGUGUCGUCUGACACACAUCCCACAAUCCUGCUGCACUUUCACAGAACUUCUUAUCCCAGCCCUGUUAGUGCCAGCAGUGUAGUGUGCGUGCGAGUGUGUGCGUGCGAGUGUGUGUGUGUGUGUGUGUGUGUGUGUGAGACAGUACAAGACGCCAAAUCUCUGGACCGAGACAUGCCCCUGUUUCAGACACACUGUAUCUGGACGGGUUUUAAAGACUCCAAUAGAGACAUUUCUAUAGAUCUGAAGAUGAUCAUUCUGUCACUUUUAUACUGAGGCUGAUCACUGAUCAGAAUGUCAAGAUGACUUUUUAUCUGAUGUUAGUCUGUAGUUUAUACAUCAUUGUACCGAUAUGUGUGUGUGUGUGUGUGUGUGUGUGUGUGUGUGUGUGUG